GUCAAUCAUUCACUCUCACUCACUCUCUCAAACGCACACUCGCGUGUGAAUACAGAUCAUCUCCUCACAGGAGGCAAGAGUGAGAUGAACAUGUUCGACGAAAAGCUUGUUUUCCUUUUUUUGCUUGUCGGACUUGAAUGCAGCACACACACUGAGAGGGAGAGAGAGAGACAGAAAAGCGGGGGACCAGAUGAGCCUCACUGAACAGCAGCAGGGUCCUGUUUCAAACACACACACACAUAUAUAUAUACACACACACACACAUACACACACUCACACGUGCAACCGAGCGUCGAGAGCAGCGUCGGUCCGAGCCGCUGGUGGUUGCCCUUCACCGCUUCGCCGAGGCAGACGGGAGACGACGACGACGACGACUAAGAGGAGAAGGAGAAGACCCCCCCACUGUUGAUGGGAAGAGGAGGGUUGGGGGCUUGUUUUGGGAGGUGCUAGAGGAAAGAGCGAGAGAGCUGCUGUGAGAGAACAUCACAACAUCGCAGCAGCUUGCAGAUGUGGAAGGAGCGCCGCUCAAGUUCCCGUCCUGGGUGCCCCGCCCUGUAAUUGUAGCUCAGAGACGAAGAGGAGGAGGAGGAAGCAGAAAGGGUGCCAUGGGGGUCAGCCUCAGACAGGAUGUGGUUUGGCUCCUGCCGUUCUUCAUCCUGCUGCUGACGCUUAAUCUGCGGCCCGCUCGGGGUCAAGUAUGUCCUCAGCGCUGCGAGUGCGUUGCCAAACUCAAGACCGUCUCCUGCCACGGUAAGAGAUUGUCUUCGCUGCCUGACGGGAUUCCACUGGACACCAAGAUCCUGGACCUGAGUGCGAAUAAACUGCGCUGGGUGGAGCAUGGCGAUCUGAUUUCCUUUUCCAACGUGGAGAAGCUGGAUCUCGGUGAGAAUAUGAUCAAUGUCCUGGAACCGAAUGCUUUUUCUAGUCUCCAGAGCCUGCAGUCGCUUUCACUGAGGGGUAACCAAUUAAAACUGAUCCCCACGGGGGCUUUCUCACACCUUUCAAAUCUCACCUCUCUGGACCUUAGUGGGAAUAAGCUCGUGAUUCUUUUGGACUUUACUUUCCAAGACCUGAAGAGUCUGCGGAACCUGGAAGUUGGCGACAAUGAUCUGGUGUAUAUCUCCAACAAGGCCUUUUUGGGUCUGGUGGCACUGAGAGAGUUGACCAUCGAGAGGUGCAACUUGACUUCGGUAUCCAGUCAAUCUUUGUCCUACCUUCACAACCUGGUAACCCUGCGGCUCCGCUACCUGGGCAUCUCCACGUUAGAGGACCAGAACUUUCGUAAGCUGGGAAACCUGCGGGGUCUGGAGAUCGAUCACUGGCCCUUUUUGGAAUACGUCACCCCCCACGGCCUACAGGGUCUCAACUUGUCAUGGUUGUCCAUCACGCAUACCAACAUCACCUCCGUGCCCACGUCGGCGCUACGAAGCCUCUCCCACCUCACCAGCCUCAACCUGUCCUUCAACCCGAUUUCGGUCCUGGAGUCCUGGUCGCUGAGAGACCUACUCCGGCUGAAGGAGCUGCAUCUGGUCAGCACAAGGCUGGCGACGGUGCAACCAUACGCCCUGGGUGGUCUCCGACAAAUCCGCCUGCUUAACCUCUCGGCGAACAACUUGGUGACUUUGGAGGAGGCGGCCUUCCAGUCGGUCAACAGCCUGGAGACACUCCGCUUGGACGGCAACCCACUGGCCUGCGACUGCCGCUUGCUUUGGAUCCUUCAGCGUCGGAAGACGCUGAAUUUUGACGGCGCCUCCCCGGUGUGCAUGACGCCCUUGGAGGUGCAGGGGCGAGCCUUGGGCGCCUUCUCGGAUGCGGCCCUCUUUGAUCAUUUCACCUGCCAGAAGCCCAAAAUCCGCAACAGGAAACUUCAGCAAAUAUCGGCUCGCGAGGGGCAGGUGGUGUCCUUCGUUUGCAGGGCGGAGGGGGAGCCCACGCCGGUGAUCUUCUGGAUAUCUCCGCAGCGGCGUCGCAUCACGACGAAGAGCAGCGGCCGCUUGACGGUCUUAAAGGAAGGCACCUUGGAAAUCAGGUACGCCCAGGUGAUGGACACCGGAACCUACAUCUGCAUUGCCAGUAAUGCAGGAGGGAAUGACACGUACUUUGCCACGCUCACAGUCAGCGGCCUGCCACUCGAUGCCGCCCUCAUGGCCAACCGUACCUACUACGCCGGGGACCUCAACGACACAAACCUAAAUGACACGAGAGUUUUCCUCAAGUUCACUCUGGACCUGAAGACGAUCCUCAUCUCCACGGCGAUGGGCUGCAUCAUGUUCCUGGGGGUGGUCCUCUUCUGUUUCAUUCUGCUCUUUGUGUGGAGUCGCGGGAAAGGACAGCACAAAAACAAUUUCUCCGUCGAGUACUCUUUCAGAAAAGUGGAGGGGCCGGCCACCAGCGGAGGGCAGGGCGGCGCCCGCAAGUUCAACAUGAAAAUGAUUUGAUCCUCCUGGAGAGCUUUUAAACUUUUUGGAUUGCUUCUUUGCUCAUCCCUGACAGGAAAUGAGGACACCUGAAGGAUGGCUGCCUUGCGUGAGAUCGCUCAUGUGAAUGUUGAGAGGACACAAGUUAGCACUGAUCCCCACCGCACACACACACCAACGCGCACACACCACCACAUACACAUAAUUGUACAGUGUUCUUUCCCUAAUGCUGUUUUUCAAUGUCAAAGACAUUAAAUCAUUCAGUACCACCCAAUUCUAGACCAAGUCUGAAAAGACGUUUAAAAACGUCUUUGGGAGUAAAUGAGUUAAUCACUUGCUCUUUGUGCUUGCAAGGUUGACCACAUUUGUUUUUGACAUUCUGGGAGAAAAAACAACCUCGAGUCAUGAGAAACUAUUCCAAAGGUGUAAAUGUAACAUCCGAGUGUGCUUUGAUGAGAGUUACUCACGGGAAGUGAUGACAAUGACAACCUCUGACCACUGAGCUUUUGAACAUGCUAUUCUCUGUGUCCUGUUAUGACUGGAGAUGAAACCAACCAAUGAAAACAUGUUAGGAUUUUAAUUAGUAUCUCCGGCCUUUAAACUUCCUCCUUUGAGCACACCAUUUCCACGAGACCUUCAACAAAACCACUAAUCGCUUUUACAUGGGUCUUUGGUUUUCCACAGAAUCCACAUCAGACAUUUCAAGGAUACAAACGGCGUGCAGUGAAUUCAUAAGAAUAUAUUGCCACACUCAUUUACCACCAUACUAUUUUUCAUUCAUUAAUUCGUUCUAAAAUUGGAAAAAAAUCCCUGUUUCUUAACAUGUCGGUGGCAUGCAAAAAACAAAACAAAACAAAAAAAACUCAAGUCAUCUUCAAGUUAGCAAUCGUGUGCUGCUGAUCAGAAGCUAACCUUGCUAGCUAACGCUAAUGUUUGCAUCCAACCAAACUCGGUGCAGCCUUGCUUACCUUUUGGCAUUGACAUGACACCGGUGUAAGAUGCGGUUGUUUCCUCGUAGUGGCCUCUCCCCAUGAUGGUGUUUCAGCCAGUGUCGUGCAGCAGUUGCUUGAAAGUGCCUCUGGAUCUUCACCCAGCCGACCUCAUAAUGUCAUGGGUGUAGAAACUUGUUGUGGGGGCAGUUAUGUAAAUGAGCCCCACUGUUAUGUCACGUAACACUGCAGUAUGACUCGCUCAGAGACACGUUUUCAAAAUAGGCAGACAAAAUCGUGACUUGAUUUGAUUUGGCACUCGAUGGGUGGAAUGGCACUCCAGUCACAGAACUAUUUGUAGAAAGGCCAUAAAAUGUCAUUUUCCCAUCAUGUGUCCUCCUUAAGGCUCAAGUCAAACUGGGCCCUUCAUGUAUUGACAGACACAGUACCAGAAGGAUUAAAAUGGGAAUAUAGUGUACAAAAUGUAUGAUACUGUUUAGCAUUCUAUUGCUUCCUCGUGGCUUGUUUUAUACAAAGGUUGUGCAAUCACAUUUUAUUGUUCAUUCAGCUGUAACUUUUUUUUUGCAAAGCAGGGUUAUGUCCCUUACAUCUUUUUUUUUCUCUCUCUCUUUCUUUCCUCCGUCUCAAACUGAUCACACUCCCCGAGCUCAUAGCGAACGUGACCUUGUGCACCGGCACAAAGUGGUGUGAUGAAAAGACGAACGAGAGCUCAGUGGGCCAUAAUCUUAUUUAGAUAGGAAUGGAGUUGCAAGAGAAAUUUGCGGGUUUUUUUCCAGAAACGUAUCAGUGGAAGUUUAGCUAAGGAAUUCAAAAGAUGGAAUUUACUUUACACACUGCAGAACAGAGAUUGGCUCUAAAAGGUGUACACACCCUUGUUCAAAUGCCAUUUUUCUGUGACAUUUAAAGAACUAAUGAGGCCAAGAUAAAUAAUUUCCACCAUUAGUGUCCCUUAACCUAUACAAAUCGAAUGCAUUUUUAGAAAACAAAAACUGUUUGAGAAUGAGAUAAACAACUGAAAUCACGUGUUUGCAAAAGUAUGCACGCUUAUGUUGAAAAUUAACCCAUCACAAUUCUGCUCCUAUUCAAUGGGUGCCAGCACACAUAUGCCACUAAUUAAAGAGCAAGUGUGAACGUUUUGUGCUAUCACUGCCUGCUAUUUGAUAGUAUAGUAUUCAUAAUUCCUUGCACCUCGGAAAAGGUCCCAUUUCCAUCUGAAAAGAAAAAUGGCCCCAAAGCAUGAUGCGCCCAUCAACAAGCCUCAUACUAGAUAUGAUGUUGUUUUGGUGACCAGCAAUGUUGUGUUUUGUGCCAAACAUACCUUGUGGCCAAACAGCUCGUUUUCCCCAAAUAGUUUUACACUCAAAAGCAAAAAAUUAAAAUAAAAUAAAAAAAGAUGUCAGGUAAAGCCGACUGCAACAUCUGAACUUGGUUUUAACCCUUUAGAGGACAGUGAUUACAACAGUGGCGGAGUUUAUCAGGUUACAGGGUACAUGAAAGGGGCAUGUUAAAAUGUGGCAGGCGUGAGCUGACUCCUUUGUAACAAGAGUUGGAAUGGAAUUGGUGAGUUCAAAACACAGCCACAUAAUAUCUGUUUUACUUGGAGCUUUUUUUUUAAAUCACUGAAGGUGUGUGGAUUGUAGGUCACCUUAAUUGUAAUUUUUAUUAACAAAACAGGGCAUUUAUUUGAACAGGGGUGUGUGGACAUUUUGUAUCCUCUGUGAUCACGAACAUUCACAAAGUUGAACACUUCAAGUAUGUUUCGCAUUUCCUUUGCCUUUUCAACGGGAUGCUGCUCCAGAAUGGUGCCGGUGAUGGCCUGUUUCCAAACUUGUGUUGCAAGAUACCCGACCCCCUCCCCCAUUCAAAUUGAAGGACAAUAUUGAAACGUUUCUUUUUUUUUUAAUCCCGAAAAAAGUCAAAUUUCUUCUCAUUAAUUUUUAUCGAAGAAUCACUGUUAGGAUGCAAACACUGAACUGAUCAGUAUUCCACUUCAUCAUCAACGAAAAUCAAAUAUUGAUGGCCUCAUUAGUUUACACACUUGAUGUAGUUCCGCUCAAGGCAUUUCUCUUCCAGUCGAACUUGACAUUGGCUCCCCACACUGGUAACUCCAAGCCACACACUUAUUACUCUGCUGCCAUCUGCUGUACUACCUUGUACUGGUUUGGUACAGGUUUGGAAUUACAAACUUGCAUUUUUCCAUUGUCUUUUGUUGAAAUCAUGCUGUAAAUAUUGAAACCACUGCCAUUGGAAAUUGUGCUGCUGUUUUUAAUGGUGGCGAUUCAUUUAUAUGCAUGUAUAUAUGGGAAAAAAAGAGGAAGCAGAGUAUUCAGAAAGCAUGCGACAUGAUGUCUUGGUCAUUGAACCAGUUUUAUUGCAGCGAGUGAGUUUUACUUAUUUUUAAAUAUUCAUGACAACUGCAACACUGUGAAAUGAUUUGAUUCCAUUUUUUGCAUUUGUCUUGGUCCAGUUUGAAUGAGUCCAGCUGUACAAUUGUCGUUUCAGAUUUAUUCAUCCAGAGAGAAGAUGGGGUCUUUAUUUUGUGGGGGUCGGAGGGGAGUAUCAAAUAAAGGACGUUUUGUGAACAGAACAAAAAAAACGCUUCACCUUUGUGUGUGUGUAUUAAUAAGGAUAUAUGAGCUUGUGUUGUCUGUUCUACUCUGUUCGGAAAACUACUCUAAUGUACUUGAGAAUUCGUUUUAACGUGUUUGUCAGAAUGGUCAAACUUAUUUAAAUAUGUUCGAACGGACUCAGUGAUACUUUUGAAUGUACUUGCAGGCUAAAUGCUACACACGUAGCAUC